AUGAAACAACGACGACAAAAGUAUCUUAUUCAGAAUGCUGUAUGCUUCCAAUUCAAGAUUUCUUCCGCCACUACCGUCCAAAAAUAUUUCACACAACCUCUACGUCUGGAGUCCCUUUUGCCGCUACUGUUGGUUCCACCACCUCGGAAAGUACUCGAUACCGCUCUCAUGCUCAGUCUCUACCGUCGCUACUAUUGUUCCGCCAUUCGAAAAUCUCCUCAUCACCUGCUACCGUCAACUCAAAAAAUAUUUCAUGCCAUCCCUAUGUCUGGAGUCCCUUUUGCCGCUACUGUUGAUUCCGCCACCUCGGAAAGUACUCGAUACCGCUCUCAUGGUGAGUCAACUCAAAUUGCAGGAUUUCCUAUGAAGGUCUACUCUAAAAUUCAGCUCAGUCUCUCCCGUCGCUACUAUUUUUCCGCCAUUCGAAGAACUCCUCAUCACCUGCUACCGCCAAUCAAUAUUAUUCAGCGAUUCAGUCCUUUACAAAUUCCAUGUACCUAUCUGUAG